AUGGACCGUAACUUCAACGUCGGUGAUGCCGGAGUGAUCAAAGCCAAAACCAGAACGUCUUCUAUGCAAGAAGGUCUUCGACUGCCACACGAAUAUUGUCGCACAACACAUGGCGGGAUGGCUUCCGCCGGCCAAGUCUUGUUGCCACACCAACUCUGUAAAUCAACCGGCAUCAGCAGGUUUUCCGAAGGUGGCCAUGCAAUCAACCGCCCAGUUAGUCAAAAGAAAGACAAAAACCUCAUGUUGCCUCAUGAAUUUUUUGGCGGCAAUGGGAGUCGUAUUGCCGGAGAAGAAAUCCUGUUGCCUCAUCAACCGUGCGAAUCAGUCGGCAGCAGCUGGUUUUCCGAUGAUGAAAUCAAGCGUAAAAUUAGUGCUAAGAUAGACAACACCGUCGUUUUGCCUCAUGAAGCCGUUGGCCGCCAUAGGAGUAGGAUUGCCGGUGAAGAAGUCAUGUUGCCGCAUCAACUGUGGGAAUCAAUGGGCGGCGGCAGGUUUUCCGAUGGUGCAAGUAAACACGAUAAUACUCCAAAGAAAGACAAAACCAUCACAGAAGAAUUCGGUGACAGGUGUCAAUCAAGAUGCAGCGGAGGUGAGAAGAUCUUGUUACCCCAUGAAUUACUCAGGAACAAAACCGAUGUUUGA